AUGGCGUAUAAUUAUGAAUAUAUAGACGAAUCUUCGAUUGAUGUUAGUUUAAAAUUUCUUAUUUGUUCAGAUCCAUAUACAAAUCCUUGUUCAACAGUAUGUGAUCAUACUUUUUGUCGAUCAUGUAUUACAAAAUGGUUAGAAACAAGUGAUCGAUGUUCUGCAUGUAGUAAAAAGCCAAUGACAAAUGAAGGUUUAUAUCCAACGAAUCGUGUUGUUUUUGAUAUACUUGAUCGUCUUCUUGUUCAAUGUAAAGCUUGUCGACAAACAAAUAUUCAACGAGGCAAUUUUGAUGAACAUUCAAAUCGAUAUUGUUUGAAAACAUUUACAGCCUGUUUAGCUGUAGAUCUUAAAUGUCCUUGGCAAGGACCUCGAGAUCAAUUAACUGCACAUUUAUCGACAUGUUCGUAUGAAGUUAUGCGACCAGUUCUCACACAUUUAAUGAGUACAAUCAAUAAUCUUACUGUUCGAAUGCAGCAAUAUGAAAACCAACAUACAGAUUAUCAGAAUCGUAUGGAUUUAUUUGAAAACUGUGAUUGUAAACAACUCAAUGAAAGAAUGAAACUUAUGCAAAUAUUAUCAAAUCCGACCGUUAAUAGCAAUCCACGUCUUGAGACGAUACUUUCUCAAUGUCCUAUUAAUUCAACAAUUAAUUUGAUUGAUUUACGAUUAAAUAAUUUUGAUAUUCCUUUUAUUAUUCGUCAUGCAAUCAUUCGCAAACAAUGCUUAGUAUUAAAUUUAAGUAAUAAUUUAAUUGAAUCAAAUGGAAUUGAAUUGUUAGCAAAUGCAAUACGCUCAAAUCUUAUUCUUAAACGAUUAUGUUUAAAAGGAAAUCAAAUUGGUUCCAUAGGUGUAGACUUUUUAGCAAAAGCAUUAAUGAUUAAUAGUACACUUGAAGUUUUGGAUUUAGAAUCGAAUAAUAUAGCAAAUUUAGGUGUACAAUCAUUAGCUGAAAUGGUUCGUGAAAAUCGAACAUUAAAAGAUCUUCAUCUUGGUUAUAAUUGCAUUGAAAAUAGAGGAAUGGAAGUUUUUUUAAAUGCAAUAGACAAUAAUAAAUCAACAAUUGAAUUACUGAGUUUAUCUGGUAAUUGCUUAGAUGAUAAAUGUCUUGAUAAUCUUGAGAAAAUGAUUCAUGACAAUAAGAAAUUGCGACAACUUGAUUUAUAUGAAAAUCAUUUUUCAUUAGAAGGAAAAACAAGAUUAUUAAAAAUUGGACAUAUCAAGAAAGGUUUUAAAAUGAACAUAUAA